AUGGGCAUCCUUUCGAAAUUUAAGCCUUCUGCUGAGGCUCAGGACUCUCAGUUCUCCUCACAGGCUGCUACCCCUGCCCGCGCCGACUCAACGAUUGAGAAGGAUGACACCAUGAUCGAUGACAGCCCCGUCAAGUACUUGACAUGGCGCUCAUUCAUUCUGGGUUUGUGUGUCUCUAUGGGUGGUUUCAUCUUCGGCUACUCCACUGGUCAAAUCUCGGGUUUCACCUCCAUGACCGACUUCAAGAUGCGAUUUGCCGAGUACAACGCUUCCACCGGUGAAUAUGCUUUCAGCAACGUCCGCAAUGGUCUUAUUGUUGGCCUGCUGUCUAUCGGAACUAUGAUCGGUGCCCUCGUUGCUGCUCCCAUGGCAGACCGUAUUGGCCGCAAGUACUCCAUCUCCUUCUGGGCUGUGAUCAACAUGGUCGGUAUCAUUGUACAGAUUGCCACUACCGACAAGUGGGUCCAGAUCGCAAUGGGUCGUUGGGUCAUGGGUCUGGGUGUUGGUGCCCUGUCCAGCGUGGUCCCCAUGUACCAGUCUGAGUCGGCUCCUCGCCAGGUCCGUGGUGCCAUGGUCAGUGCUUUCCAGCUGUUUGUCGCCUUCGGAAUUUUCAUCUCCUACAUUGUCAACUUCGGAACCUCUCGCAUCGACUCGACUGCCUCGUGGCGUAUCACCAUGGGUAUCGGUUUUGCCUGGCCCCUCAUCCUGGGUAUUGGUACCUUGUUCCUGCCCGAGUCCCCCCGUUUCGCCUACCGCCACGGCCGUGUCGAGGAGGCUCGCAACGUUAUGGCCAAGCUGUAUGGUGUCCCUACCAACCACCGUGUGAUUGCCCAGGAGAUGGCCGACAUGAAGCACAAGCUUGACGAGGAGCGUGCUGUCGGCACUGCUGCCUGGCACGAGAUCCUCACCGGUCCCCGCAUGUUCCACCGUACCAUGCUGGGUAUUGCUCUGCAGUCCCUGCAGCAAUUGACUGGUGCCAACUUCAUCUUCUAUUACGGUACCUCUAUCUUCAACGGUGUUGGUAUUAGCAACUCCUACGUUACCUCUAUCAUUCUGGGGGCUGUUAACUUCGGUAUGACCCUGCCUGGUUUGUAUAUCGUGGAGCACUUCGGCCGUCGUAAGUGCCUGAUGAUCGGUGGCGCCUGGAUGUUCGUCUGUUUCAUGAUCUGGGCCUCUGUUGGACACGAGAUCCUCACCCCCCACCCCUCAGCGCACUCUGCCGGUGUGGUUAUGAUUGUCUUCACCUGCUUCUUCAUCGUCGGUUUCGCCACCACAUGGGGUCCUAUUGUCUGGGCCAUCUGUGGUGAGAUGUACCCCUUCCGCUACCGUGCCACCUGCAUGGGAGUCGCUACCGCCGCCAACUGGACCUGGAACUUCCUUAUCUCAUUCUUCACCCCCUUCAUCUCCAGCGCCAUUGACUACCGCUACGGUUACGUCUUCGCCGCCUGCUGUUUCGCUGCUGUCCUUGUCGUCUUCUUCUUCGUCAACGAGACCCAGGGUCGCACUCUUGAGGAGGUCGACACCAUGUACGUUCUGCACGUUAAGCCAUGGAAGUCUUCCAGCUGGGUUGCCCCCGAGGGUAUUGUUGCCGACAUUCAUGCUCCUCACGAGCCCAAGCCUGUCGAGGGCGGUGCCGGUGAGCACCAGCACCACGACUUGGAGAUCACCGAGUAG